UGGUCCUUCAAGAUCAUAUUGACUUAGAGUGUUUAAAAGCGGGCUAUAACAUUACUGUGAGAUUCAUACUUCUCUCUACUCACUGCUUUGGAACAUGCAGUUUCAUUAUACGUACUUCGUAAGGAGUUGAUUGGGUGACUAACACCCCUACUUUUUGGGCUUCUUUGGUCUACACAUACUGUACAGUGUAGUUCUAUGAAAUGUGCCCCUAAUUCUAGAAUGUUCCGGAUUUAAUGCUACAAUUCUCUCUGCCUCGUUCCCAGGCCCCAGUGAGUAUGAAGGCGUUGUGCCAAGCAGCGUGGCUGUGGACGGUGGCAUUUGGUAACCUGUUUGUCAUCAUCAUAGCUGAGGGCAGGAUCUUUGAGAACCAGGCACUGGAAUUCUUCUUCUUUGCCGCCUGCAUCGGAGGUGUGGCCAUCCUAUUUGCAGUGAUGUCGUUCUUCUACAAGUAUGUGGACCUCUCCACCUACAACCAGCUGCAACAGGAGGGGGAGGGAGAUGAAGUCUCCUCAGACGAGACACAGGCCCUCAUUCUCUCUCACGACAAGGAACAAGAGCAGAAACAGGGCAGAGAGAAGAAUGAGAAAGGCAACGAAAGUGAAUUCUGAUUAUGAAUAAUCCAAUGUGUUCUAUUAACUUAUAAUCUCUGUUUUUGUCUUCACAUUAUUUUUUACCGCACCUGU